GCGGGACGGGCGCCCGGCGACCGCGGGCCUGCGCUCGGGGCUCGGUUCCAGUCGGCCGGCCGGCGAGCGCCGCCAUGGCGCCCAAGUGGAUCCGGCCUUUGAUUGUAGUGCAGCUGCUGCUCGGCCCAGCCCCAGUGCGCAGCGGCGGCCUUUUACCCUUGGUCCUCAACACCUGGCCUUUUAAGAAUGCAACCGAAGCAGCCUGGAGGGCCUUGGCCUCUGGUGGCUCCGCUCUGGAUGCGGUGGAGAGCGGCUGCGGUGAGUGCGAGGAGGAGCAGUGUGACGGCACUGUGGGCUUUGGAGGAAGUCCCGAUGAACUUGGAGAAACCACCCUGGACGCCAUGAUCAUGGAUGGCACUGCUAUGAAUGUAGGAGCGGUAGGAGAUCUUAGACGAAUUAAAAAUGCUAUUGGUGUGGCACGGAAAGUCCUAGAGCAUACAACACACACAUUUUUAGUAGGAGAAUCAGCUACCAAGUUUGCGGAAAGUAUGGGAUUUGCGAAUGAGGAUUUAUCUACCAGUGUUUCUCGAGCCCUUCAUUCAGACUGGCAUGCCCGGAAUUGCCAGCCAAACUACUGGAGGAAUGUUAUACCAGAUCCUUCAAAAUCCUGUGGACCAUACAAGCCAUCUAGGAUCUCCAAGCAGGAGGCUUCCACCUGUAAAGAUCCAGGAGCUGACUGUGGUCAUGAUACAAUUGGCAUGAUUGUAAUCCAUAAGAAGGGAUACACUGCUGCUGGUACAUCUACUAAUGGUAUAAAAUUCAAAAUACCAGGUCGUGUAGGAGAUUCCCCAAUACCCGGAGCAGGGGCCUAUGCUGAUGAUACUGCUGGAGCAGCUGCAGCCACUGGGGAUGGAGAUAUAUUAAUGCGCUUUCUGCCAAGCUACCAAGCUGUAGAAUAUAUGAGAAAAGGAGAAGACCCAACCACAGCUUGUCAGAAAGUGAUUUCAAGAAUCCAGAAACAUUUUCCUAAAUUCUUUGGGGCUGUUAUCUGUGCCAAUGUGACUGGAAGUUAUGGUGCUGCAUGCAAUAAACUUCCAACAUUUGCACAGUUUCAUUUCAUGGUUUAUAAUCCUCUAAAAAAUCAUCCAGCUGAGGAAAAAGUAGACUGCAUCUAAUCCAUCUUUUCUGUCAACAUCUAUAUUUAAAGAAGAAAGAAACAAAGGCUGAAAAGGUUACUCACUAUCCCUGUACUGCGUUCCUCACAGAUUCUCUUUGUAUAAAAUAAGCACAAAUUCUUGCUGAAAUAGCACUUGUUCAGUGUCUGAAACUUUUGCUAUCUGUUUUUAUUUAAGCGUCAUAUGUUCAGGACAAAGAGUAUAUGUAUAUAUUUUGUAUAUGUUUAAAUCUUCAGUGAUAUUUAGAUUUCUGACCAAGAGUGCAAGAAAUUGUUACUUCAACGAUUUUUCUGCACAGUGAUAUUAAGGCUAAAAAUAAAUCAUGUAUAUUUGGAUAAUGAAAAUAAUUAAAGUGCGUAAGGUUUUUAUACCCAAAGGAAAGAGUGACAGUAAAAGUCUCAGAGUUUGGGUACUAAUGGAAUUUCAGUGUGUUAAAGUGACAUGUUUCUUCUAACUGAUUAUUCAUUUUACCUAAUAGCUUGAAGAAUGUUAUUAAUACAGAUGCUUUUUGAUUUCCAUAUAUUAGAAAAUACAAAAAAUCUUCUAAUAGAUGAAUGUGUUUUGUUAUUUUCUCCCCUCUUAGGAAGCUUUUAAGUUCUCAGUGUAUAAAGGAACUUAAGCUGUAAAUGUCUCUGAUCUUUCAGUUCGAGAUAUUUAUUAUGGAUCUCUACUUUUGAAAAUGAUUUUGGGGACCUUACACUGCAGUCUCACUGAGUUCUUGUUCAGAGAGAUAAGAUUUGUGUUUUGAAAUAAAUCGAUAAGUUGUAGCUCAACUGGGCAUUCCUGCCCCCACCUGCUGAACCUGCUGAAUGACUGACAGCUACCAGGAGGGUGGAGAGGUGCUUUGUCAGCAUCCUCUUCUCCUUCACAGUCAUCUUUUUAAACAGGAGUCAACAGUACAAGUACAUACAGUAUUGUCCAACGUUAGUAUUCUGCUGUAUUCUUUAUUACAAACGUUGUAAUGUGUGAUUUGCACAGGAGGAAGAGUGGAAAAGAGUAGUGAACAGGGGUGGGAGUGGUGGCAAGUAGGGGAGAGAGCUCUAGCUUCUGGAAUGGUAGAGGUCACUUUUCAGAACUGGCUAGGGAUCUAAGUUUUCCAGGGAGCCUCUUUAAAGAUUCCCUCUGCUCUCCAUCUCUAAUCAGAUUGCAUGCAUGAGUCCAAAAUCUGGAAUUAGCAAAUAAUGCUGAUAAUGGUUUGACAGCUAAUCAGGAAACACUCCCAGAGCUUCACAGAGGGUAAAAGAAAAUGUCUUUUACAAGUUACCAAGAGCUUUCACAAAAACUGGAUAACAAGCCUUGAAGAAGGGAGAAAAAGCUAGACUUAAACAUGCAAUAUGUUUAUAUUAAGACAUUACUCUUAUUUGGGGUGGCUGUUCUUUGUUAAUGAGCUGGGCAAUAGUUUACCUCCAGAAAAAGAGUGAUGAAGGUAGUCGUGGCCUGCCGCUCCCUGACAGAUUGGCAGAUUAUGCUGAUAAAAAUAACCCACAUGCUUUUAAAUUUCUUCUUUUUAACUCACGUUCUUCUUAAUGGAUAUAAUGUCCCUGUAUAUCUUAGGUUAAAAAAGAAAAAAGAAAAGAAAAAAAAAAGAAACUGAAUUGGCUUUGGAAAUGUAUUUUUUAAGUUCUAUAUCUGACUAUAAUAUUUGAACACCAUAGAUGUGUUUCCUCUUCUUUUGAAAACAAAUUUUGGAAUCCCUAGUGAUGUGUACACACUGUUUAAGCAUGUUUUGGUAACAGUGUGUAGUGGGAUUGUGAGAAGACAUGUUGGAAAAUAGCUGAAGAGCACAGUUUUGAUAAAGAAAAAUUUAAGUUAACCACAAAUAAGUUAAACUAAUAAAUGGUUGAAUAAAACUUGGAAAAAGCCAAAAAUGGAGAGUAGGAAGGAAACCAUAGAAAAUGCAAUGACAAUCUAACACUUCACAGUAGUUGGCAGUUCGCUGCACAUGUCCUGGAUGUAUCAUUGUACAGACCACAUGGCUGUUACACAGCACAGGGUAAAGUCGAUGAUGAUUCAGAGCUUUGACCUCAUUCUGCCAAUAUCUUUUCCUUUGAAUAGAAAACAUCUGUCACUUGUGUACUACUUAGGUGAAAUCAAAUCGUCCUUACCAAAAACUAUGGAUUAAGCAACUUUCCUAAGUGAUUCUCUGAAUAUUAAUAUUGUCACUUAGGUUAUCAGCUUUUCCAUUUCUGUGUCAGAAAUAGAGGUGUGCGCAUUUAUGUGUUUCUGUAUAAAUUGAGUAUGCAGGUAGAAAAUGGAAAAGAAUAUAUGUGCAAAGAGGUAUAAAACAUGAGGUCACAAGUAGAAUGUGGUACUAAAUAUUCUUUUCAGUUCAUAACUUUGAUUUCAUAGAACAUUACUAGCAUAGAAGAGGAUUACUGGACUGAAAUUUGAGUAUUAUCUUAAUUCAGUUUAAACCAACACUUAGGAUAAGGAAGUAAUUUUGGUAUCGGCAAUAGCAAAAUUUCCUGAUUAUUGCCCCGGAGAUUGCAGAUGAAUUUCUCUCAAGUGUUUUGUAUCUUAGUGCAUGGAACAAGCAAAAAGAAAAACGUUAAUCAUGAGAGAUAAUAAAAACUUGAUAAUUUCA